AUGACAGAAGACACGGGAAGCACUAUAGAUGAGCUCAAAGUCUCUCUAGAAAGUCCGCUGGAACAGGUAUCCUCGGGAUUUGACCCCAGCAUUAUUCCUUCUUUGCCAGCAAUGUCCCUGGAGCAGCUUUUACAAUUGGAGGAUGUGCUUUCUCAAGAAUUUGCAUCUUUAUCUCGGCAAUACGUGGAGUCUAGAAAAAGCCGAAUAGAACAGUUGCUAUCGAUAAUUAACAAACAACUACAUAUAUCCCAAGGUCACGAGCAACAGUGGGCAGAUAAAUACGCAUAUGAGAUUGAACUUAUAGAACAGCUCAUACAUAGCACAGAGGACGAGGCUUUUCCGCAAAUGAAAACAAAGGGCCCCAAAAAGGGAACUGCGUCCGGAAUAGAGAGUAUUGAGCAAGACCUCAUGGACUUAUUGUCUAAUAUCAAUCUGCCGCUACACAUGGAUAGUGUAUUUAGUGAAAGAGAGAAGGAGCUCCCUUUUGCACAUCAGUUUGGCGACCUUAUUCGCCCAUACAAGGAACAAUUGAAUGCUCUGUGGCUCCAGAAGGAUUACGACAUUAACAUGAUUGAAACUUUGACCGAGAAAAACAGAACUAUAUUGUGGAAACAGUACAGACAGGACAUCUUGGACUACAAACAAAAGCUAAUAGAUCAGACAUAUCACGAGCUUACGGAGCUAUACGAGGAGUACCAUGGAAUCCGUGAAAAUGCCAUGGCAGAAGAGGACGAAGCACACUACUUUAAAUCGGUAAUUUCAACAGAUGAUAUCAAGUUGGGGGCAGAGCGCGAACAAAUCCGUUUGGCAAAGGGAAACAUCGACUCAUUUUAUGAUAUCGAUAACGUCUACUAUAAGAAUAACAAAAUUGAAACGACAGCCUAUAAGAUGGCGGCUUUGGAGUCAAUACGCAACUUCGAGUCGGCACAAAAUGCAUACAAAAUUCCACAAAGGGACGACGCUACAGUGAAACUAAGUAGCUGUUCAGGAUUAACGUCGGAAGAAAUCGAUCAAGACCUUGAAACCUUCAAAAGUUUGAAACAUCGCAAAGAAGUUCCUCCUGAAACAGUCGUCGUCGAUGCUUUGUCCGAGAAACAGGCAGAUUACAAAGAGCUACUAUCUUUAGGUCAUACAUCGUCUAAAAUUAGCAUGACUCCUCUCGAAUUACGGGGUCAGAUUGAGCAUGAAUGA